UAAUAAUGGUAUUUUUGGUCAUUGUGUUUUGAAUAUAUUUUACAGACGGGAGAAGACCAACUAGUGUUUGUUUUCCAUUAAAAUAUUUCCUGCGUUAGGUUUUUACCUUUGUAACAGUAGGCCUGAAUGUAAUUUGACUCGCAGGUGCGUAUGUGUGGGGGGUUUAUCCAAAUAAUCUCUUUCAACCAUUUCAAUGAAAACAAUGGAGCGAUGAUUCAGGGACGUUUAGGGCUCUGAUUGGAUACCUCUGAACUUCAGGCGCAUUCCACGUCCCUUUUAAGAGCUUAAAUAGCCUCCAAACCUUCACUGCAGAAUUAGAAACAGUAAGAGAUACGCUGCUAAGCACAUCACAGACGCUGUAACGAUGGUUGAACGGUUUGUCGGGACAUGGCAGACGGUGGCCAGCGAGAACUUCGAUGAAUUCUUGAAAGAAAUCGGAAUGGGAAUGGCAAUGCGAAAGGCAGCAUGCAUGGUUAAACCGGAGAUGACUGUGAGUGUGGACGCACAAGAUCUGAUAACCCUCACGAUGAAGACCUCUUUUAAAACAAAAGAAUUCCAGUUCAAACUCAACGAGCCUUUUGAAGGAACAUCAGCGAAUGACAAGACUGCAACAAUUGUUGUGACCCUUGAAGGGGGCAAACUUGUGCAGAAACAGACCUGUGAAGGCAGAGAAACAACAAUUGAGAGGGAAAUAGUAGAUGGCAAGUUGAUAAUGACAUGCAAAUCUGGAAAUGUUGUUGCCACGCGAACCUUCCAGAAACCGAGCCGCCCGCCUCCCAAGAAGCCACGCCCCCUUCACAGGCAAAUCAUAGAGGCUGCAGAUAUGGUUGAACAGUUUGUUGGGUCAUGGAAGAUGGUUUCCAGUGAGAACUUUGAUGAUUUCUUGAAAGCAAUGGGUGUUGGAUUCGCCAUCAGACAGAUUGCAAGUCGGACUAAACCCAGUUUGAUAGUGACCUUGGACCAAGGAAUCAUCUGCUUGAAAAUGCUCAGUUCUUUCAAAACAACAGAAGUCAAGUUCAAGCUCAACCAAGCUUUUGAUGAAACAACGGCGGAUGGUCGGAACACAACGAACAUCGUGACCCUUGAAAAUGGCAAACUCGUGCAGAGUCAGAGCUGGGACGGCAAGGAAACGACCAUUGAGCGGGAAAUAGUAGAUGGAAAACUAGUUACGAAAUGCAAGAUUGGUAAUGUUGUUGCUGUGAGGACGUUCCAGAGGGAGGCGUGAUUGGACGUCCACGGUGGCUGACAGGCUCAGACCCAAGCACAAACAUCGUUACAGCAAUGGAUCCGGCCCUUUCUCACGAGCCAAACAGCACAUCUCCAGACCUGGCCCAAGCACUCGUCAUCUCCCGCCUCGACUACUGCAACGCGCUGGUGACUGCAUCAUUUUGACUGUUAAACCUGCGUUGUAAUUUUGUGGUUUUGUGGUCUUUUUAUAGUGUGAUACAUUUCAUAAAGCUUUUGAUUUCUUAUCAGUCAGAUGAAGCCCAUAAAUCAUUAAAUCCACCUGAACAAAGCACCAAAUCAAGAAAUAUGAGACCCUCUAUUAACAGAUUUUGGAAAACAUUUGUUUUUUCUUCUGUUGGAAUAUCUCUGAUGUAAUAAAUCCCCUUAAUUUUUACCAAGAUAGACAAAGGGAAAGCUCAGAAUGCUCAACUUAUGUGGAAUAAUAGAAAAUCUCGAAUAAUUGUAAUAAACCUGGAUUAAGUUAUUAUGUAUACACUGUGAAACAUCUUCGGCCCAUUUACAACAUAUUUUGAAGGAGUAGUCAUAUUUUGUAUAUAUUUACAUCUUGAACGACAUUUAUGCUUAAAAUGUAUGCUUAAAAUGAUAAGAAUUUAAUAUAUACAAUGUCAAAGGAAAAUUAAAAAUACAGCACGUCAAUAAGGAAACAAAAUAAACUACAGGCAACAACGUUUACUGCUCUUACUUAAUAUAAGAUUAUAACACAGCUCAUGCAUUUGCUCUAAAAUGUCAAUCGUCUCAAAUGAGCCGCCAUGCUCUUUACCAGUUCACCUGGUAAACAGUAACAUGUAGAUACACUCCCUACCACAAAGAUAAAGAUGAUCAUAUUCUUUCACACUCAGAAAGGAUGUGAAGAUGGUAAUUAAAUUAAGUAAUUUAACAUUCAAACACUAUUUAGAGAUGUAUCCUUAAAAUCAGGGAAUAGAAGAUUAAUUGUUGGAAAAUUCGAAUAAAUAAAUAAUUUAGACAUGGGUAAAUUUUUUUUAGAUUCUAUUGCUGUUUUUGUCAUAGAAUCCAAGAUUACCCUUUUAAAAACCCAUUCAACAAUUUUAAAAUUUUUGUAUCAUUCCUGUAAUGAUGAGGGUUGCUCGUAACAUGAACAUUAUACACAAUGUGUUUUUUUUCCCAAUACAUUUCUCCAAACAUCAAUGUCCAUUAGCCCCCUCAGACAGUAUCCGACUGGGCUCUGUGAACUUGGCUGUCAGCAGGUAGAACAGGGCGGGGCCAGGUACCAGUGCCAGUAGCGGAAGGUCCUGGUCCAACUUGUCCAAACGGGAGAUUGAGAUGAUACCAUAAGCAUGAAUUAUCCAAUGGCUAAGCAGAACAACAAGGCGUUUCUUCUUUGCAAUCAGGUUUUUCAAAGACUUUGGAGAAAGGAGAGAAAAAAAAAAGAUAUACAUUAGAGACAGGCAAGAAGUCUUGCAUUGAUUAGACGGAUUAAAAGUAUUACAAUAUCCAAAUCUCGAUUAGCUUAAAAAAAUUUAAACAAAGCUAGCUCAUUAAGGUGUGAGGGAUACCAGUUCCAUUGCUUAAAAAACAAAUCGAUUAUCAAAAUCUGUAUUUUAUUAUAAAAAUACAAACACCUUUUAACAAUGAAGGAGAGUGCUGUUACCUGAAUCUCUGAUGCGGACAUAUAAACAGCCAGGGUAACAAGCGAGAGGACGAGUAUGAUGUAAGGAAAUGCAUAAUCUGUGAAUGAAAAUAAAUUGUCAAUCAAAUCAAACACACACAGAACAUAAAGAUAAACAUACUAUCAUAUGCUAAAUAUACUCACACAGCAAACCUCCUCCAACCGCCUGUAAUACAGUUAGUACUGGGAAGAAAUACAGUGCCGCAUAUACACUUUUCAGGCGAUCAGACUUUCCCAGACCACAGGCUAUCUUCUUCACCAGCAGAGGGCGCAGUAGCAUCAUCAGCACCAGGCAAAAUGCGUAGUAGAUCAAUACCAUUGUAUAGCUGGAGAAAAUCAGAACAGUAGGUGAGCGAUUAUAAAGACAUCAUUUUAAUGAGGGAAGUCAUCAAUCACAUGCACACAUUAAAGUGUCUAGAGAUGUUUAAAUUACUCACAGUGGGUAGACAGCUUCCUGUGUACAGUGCAUUGUGGUAACAUAGUCCGGACUGGGAUUGUAGAGCAUGGUGUACCAGUCUGAGAGCAUCUGGACACGACACGAGCGGAUGCUGAGCAGCCCGAUGGGCUCAGUGACCAGCAGGGUGACCACGGCUGAGACCCCACACUCCACCAUAGCCGUGAUGUGCUGGAGCAGAGCACUAGAGCUGAGGGAAGAGGAGAUAAAGAGAUUCAAAAGACAAACAAAUAAAAGUAUUUUAUUUAAAUAGUUUCCACAUUGAUUUAAUAUUUCUACAAGAACAGGUACAAUAUUUCAAUAGAUGGUGAAUUUGUCUUCAUUGUUUAUCUGCUGAUAAAAUCGGUUUUCGGAUCGGCACUCUCCAAAUAUCGAAAUCGGUAUAGUAUCGGUGAACCCAUUAUCAGGGACCCACACAUACGAAGCCCUUAAUCAGCCACUUUCAACUUUCAAUGAAAGCAAUUGACAUGGCCCGUAUAAUUUAGUUGAAAUCAAAGUACCAAUAGGAAAACUAGCAGGGUUAAGUCUCACAUUGCUACAUCACUACCACGGUCUGACCGCAGGCCGAGCUCCACCUCUGUGGCCGUGGUCAGAUUCCGGUGUGGACA